CUAGGAGGACCGUUUGCCCCAAUCAUAACCUUUACCCAGCUGGCGCACUAACAUAGCCCCCUUCACUUUGUUAUUUACAUUAUAGAAUGUGACAGUUUUCAUAAGAAAAGUACAAAGAACUGUCUGCUCGUUCUAACAUCAAGGUUAUCCUUGGGGACCAGACCAAGGCUUUUGCUGCCAGGCUUUCAUACGCACCAAACAGUAUGUAUUGCAUGUGCCUAAAUGGAUUACUCAGAUGCACAAAUGGGUUUGUUGAUUUCUUCUAUGGCUGUGGAAACCAACCUGGCAUCAAAGGACAGCCACUGGGUUUAUGCCAACGAGGAGGUGAGUGACACAGAAAUCAUGGAGUUGGUCCACAGUUCAUUGGGCCGGAUGACCGUCAUACGUCAGAUCUUCCCUCUGUGGAGAGACACCAACAUCCGCUGCAUGAGGAACAACCACCGCAUCUCGUCCCUGCUCUGUGACCCCCAGGAGGGCUACCUGCAGUCCCUGGAGGUCUCCAGCUUGUACCUGUAUGACAGUGUGCUGAUGUUGGCCAACGCCUUCUACAGUAAGCUGGAGGACAGGAAGUGGCAUAGCAUGGCCAGUCUGAACUGCAUGAGGAAGUCCACCAAGCCUUGGAAUGGAGGCUGGUCUAUGCUGGACACCAUCCAGAAGAGACGGAUCACCGGGCUCACAGGAAUGAUGGACUUCCGUGCAGGAGGUUCCAACUCCCACGUCCAGUUUGAGAUCCUGGGGACCAGCUACAGUGAGACGUUUGGUAAAGAUGUCAAACGGUUGGCAACUUGGGACUCAACUCGUGGGCUGAACGGUAGUCUAAAGGAGAGUCGUAUAGAAAACGGCAUGCAAGGAGUGACGGUCAAAGUGGUAACAUUACUGGAGGAUCCCUUUGUGAUGGUAGCUGAGAACAUCCUUGGGCAACCUAAACGCUACAAAGGCUUCUCCAUCGAUGUUCUGGAUUCUCUGGCCAAGAUUCUGGGCUUCAAGUAUGAGAUCUACCAGGUGGCUGAUGGAAAGUAUGGCUCUCCUACCUCAAAUGGCUCCUGGAACGGCAUGAUCGGAGAUCUCAUCAGUAAGCGAGCAGACUUGGCAGUAUCAGCCAUCACCAUAACUCCAGAGAGGGAGAGCGUGGUGGACUUUAGCAAGCGCUACCUGGACUACUCCGUGGGGAUUCUGAUGAGGAAGUCAGAGGAGAAGAUCAAUAUUUUCUCUCUCCUGGCGCCCUUCGACCUGGCUGUGUGGGCGUGCAUCGCAGCCGCCAUCCCCGUGGUUGGGGUCAUGAUCUUCAUCCUGAGGCGCGUCCAGUCAGUCCGCUCCCAGAAUCCCCCAGGAGGACACCAGGCCACCUCUGUGUCCACCUCCCUCCAGAGCGCCAUCUGGAUUGUCUACGGAGCCUUUGUACAGCAAGGGGGAGAUUCCAUCCUGGGUUCUGUGGCGUUGCGUAUCGUCAUGGGCAGUUGGUGGCUCUUCACACUCAUUGUGUGUUCCUCCUACACGGCCAAUCUGGCAGCCUACCUCACUGUGUCCCGAAUGGACAACGCUGUACGGACGUUCCAGGACUUGUCCAAGCAGAUGGACCUAGCCUAUGGAACAGUGAGAGACUCAGCCGUAUACGAGUACUUCAGAGCCAAAGGCACCAACGCUCUGGAGCAGGACAGCACCUUCGCUGAGCUCUGGAGAACCAUCAACAAGAACAACGGACAUGAACACUCAGUCUCCAGCCCCUCUGAAGGCAUCCGCAAGGCAAAGAGAGAUUCCUUUGCCUUCCUGUGGGACAUGGCUGUGGUAGAGUAUGCUGCUCUGACAGAUGAUGACUGCACCCUGACGGUGACCGGCAACAGUAUGAGCAGUAAGGGCUAUGGCCUGGCCCUGCAGCACGGCAGCCCCUACAGAGACCUCUUCUCCCAGAAGAUCCUGGAACUGCAGGAGAAAGGGGACCUGGACAUCCUGAAGCAGAAAUGGUGGCCCAGGAAGGGCCGCUGUGACCUGGACAGCCACUCAGAGGCCCAGCCAGAGGGCAGGGCUCUGAGGCUCCACAGCUUCGCUGGGGUGUUCUGCAUCCUGGCAGCAGGGCUGCUGCUGGCCUGCCUGGUGGCCGCACUGGAGACCUGGUGGAGCAGCAACCACUGCCGGCGAGAGCAGCCCAAAGAGGACAAAGAGGUGAAUCUAGAGCAGGUCCACCAGCGUUUGAACAGCCUCCUAGACGAGGACAUGGCGCACAAGCAGCUGGCGGGCCAAUCUAUCGAGAUCUCUGCCCUGGACAUCAGCAGCAUGCAGCCCAGCAAGUCCCUGGAAGGCCUGCCUUCACGGGACCACUACCCAGGCCACCACAGGGGGUCGCUCUCUGUGACCACCUUCCUCCAGGAGGGACAUGGGGCAGGAAGGACACUCGGCAGGGGCACUGGCAGAACCCUCCCCCUACCCCUCAGCAGCGCCACCAUGCCCUCUAUCCGCUGCAAACACAGGGCGCCCAACGGGGGGCUCUUCCGACAGAGCCCCGUCAAGACGCCAAUGCCAUACCAGUCAGUGCCCGGAGGACCCAUUCCAGAAGCCAUUGAUGGAAACCACGGGACUUCCAUCUGAGCACUCAGCCUCAGCCCAAUCACAGACACUUAAACCCCAUUCAUAUCUGGUUCUAACAUGCAUUCUUUGUUCUGAUGCUGUCCACAUUCUGAUUGUGCCUACAUUUUUAGACAGGUGUAGACGAUUAAAAGACACAUUGAGAUCUGAUCGUGAUCUGGAUAUCUUACAAAUGUAAACAGAUCUGGACAGUGUCUUAGAAUUAAAAAUAUAUAUAUUUUGAAAGAAUAUCUGUCAUAUAAUUUGCUUACAUGGAGGGUCCAGGAAGUCUGGUCACAAUGCAGACACAGUGGAUGGAUAAGAGACACAUUUUAACACCAUGUGUAGAUGCAUGUCUGAAAAUGUGGGUCCAAUCAGAAUGUGGACAAGAUCAGGACACAGGACGCAUGUUAAAACCAGGUAUUAAUGGGGCUUCAGUCUCGGCUGUGGUGAGCUAUACAGAGUGAAUGGUGAGAGGGAAUGUAAAUAUGGAUGGCAAGAAAAUGUUUUUUUACCGCUGAAGAAAUAUGUAGGAAAACAAUUUGUGGAAAAUGACUUUCAUGUACAUAUUUGUAAUUAUGGACAUCAAGAGUUGAGGUAAAAAUAAAAAAUAAAGUGUAUUUUGAAUAUUCUCAAUUUUUUAAGUUGAGUUUAAAAAACAGAUACAAAAGUAUUAAAACAUGACUGUUUGAAUGGAUUUGUAAAUUUUGUUCUAAAUUAAUAAAGGUGAUAAUUCCU